UGAUAAAAUUUUUUAAGUAGAAUCGAUGGCUGCACUCUCUGGUCUAAAAACAAUGGGUAGCUUUCUACCACUUAUAGUGGGAUUGAUUCUCGCAUAUCACCAUGCAGUUAUGAUAGCGGAAGGAGGAAGAGCUAUUGCUAGUAGAUUAUUAAUGGAAGAGGAUUUGGAGUUGGAAAGACAACUCAACAUUCUGAACAAACCACCUAUCAAAACAAUGCAUACUCGUUGGGGCGAUAUUUUCGAUUGUAUUGAAUUCCACAGACAACCCGCGUUUGAUCAUCCUCUGCUCAAAAACCAUGUUAUCUCGAAAGAAGAUAAAAUUACACCUGCAAGCCCAAAUAAAAAAUUGAUGAGUCAAAUUGAAGGGUGUCCAAAAGGAACAGUUCCUAUUCGUAGGACAGAUAAAGAAGAUUUAAUGAGAGCCAAGAAAAUUUCUUCCUCAUCCAACGGUGGAGGUGCAGGUGAUGAGUAUAGAGUAGGUAUUACUCUUGAAAUACAAGAUAAACGAUUUUUUGGAGCAAGUGGAGUUACAAAUAUAUGGCAUCCCUAUGUAAACCAUCCCGACCAAUUCAGUGCAGCAGAAAUGGUACUUCAAGCAGGCACUACUGGACAGACUAAUGAAAUCAAAGUCGGAUGGACUGUAAACCCAUCAUUGUAUGGUGAUGCCAUGACUCGAUCUUUUGCACAUUGGACUGGUGGUAACAACAGGUUGUUAUAAUAAUCAUUGCCCUGGAUUUGUGCAACUUCACUCAACAUACACUCCGGUUAUGGCCUUUGAGAAUACAUCAAUUAUUUCAGGCACGCAAAUUAAAAUGGGAUGGUACAUUCAUCUGGAACUUGAAAACGGGAAUUGGUGGUUGUCACUCCUAAUUGACGAAUCAUUUAUUGAAGUUGGUUAUUGGCCAGGCGAACUGUUCCCUUUACUUAAACAAGGCGCGGAACAUAUUUACUGGGGUGGUCGUGUAAAGGCAGGAAAUGAUGCGAUCACUCCAGAAAUGGCUAGUGCUUUUUAUCCCAAUGAUGAUAACGAUCACACUGGUUCUUAUGAAAACCUUAAAUAUUAUGACAAGAACGAAGAAUUUUGGAUGGCUGAUCACAAGGCUCAGCCUCAGUCUGUAAAUGAUUGUAAAGGAUAUUAUGCUACUAUUUGGGAUGAUUCAAAGAGCAUCCUUCGAUAUGGAGGACCUGGUGGUGGCACUUGUUAUUGAUUGAAUAACAUGUUAGAACUGUAAAACACUGAGAAAAAUGAUAUGAAAUAAGUUUGAUCAGUUGAACAGCACAAAGAAGACACUCAUCUGCUAUGUUGUAAAAGGCGCACU